AUUAAGAAGAUGAAUUAGAAGAAAAACGUAUUUCCUUGGAUUGCUCAGUGGAGUGAUCACUUGUAAGAAGAUGUUACCAAGACAACAUGGCUGUUCAAGUAAAAACACUAAAAGAAAUCGUAUUAGCUUACGUGUGUAGGAAUAUUGACAUUCUUUUCAUAAAAGAAUUGUACAAGAUUUCCAGAUACCUCCGUGAAAACGACUGUGAUGACGUCACGGAGUAUUUUAUAGAUAACCAGGAAUUAAACGAAGAAAUUUUGAAAGAGACGGCAGGUUCGUCGAACCAUGCAAUCAAAGUCUUGAGAGCCUUCCUUAAGUCACAGGGACUUCCCAAGAUUGUAUGGAGAGAGUCUGACCAAAAGAAUGACAGGAUAUCAGUUGGGCUCAGUAUAAACGAUAUCUCUGUCAAGGUGGAUGAGGAGAGGAAGCCUAGGGCAAGGUAUCUAGCUGCUAAGUUAAUGUUAAGAAAGCUAUUGUCCAAAUACAUCUCCGAUCCUAUCCUCAACAAAUACAACCAACACGAAAAGACCUACAGAAGAGCUCCUGUUUAUGACUCUCACUCCUACCUCACCGGCAAAUCAGUCCCGGCGUGCACAGUUAACUCUGUAGACGAACUCCAGGGCUAUGAUUUCACAGAGGAAGAGAGGUGGGAGAUACUGAAGAACAUUUCAGAACAUCGGUUGAGAAGAUCCCACUACAUGCUCGUUCUACACCCCAGCUGUCGGGAACUGGAUUUCAGUUUCUGUCCUGCCGCUUUCUCACCGACCUUCUUAGAGCUCAUCUUCAAGAAGGCUAAGGAUGUCGAAACUGUUAAUCUGGACAAUUGUUAUAAAACGGUGAACAGUUCGUUGUGUGUGGAGACUAUUGUCAAAAAAUGUUGCAACCUAAGGAGUCUGAGCGUUAACAAUUGUGAAUUUGUGCGUUCGGAGAAGAUCUUCGAGAACCUACGAAAGUACAAAGUUGAUCUGGAAAAAUUAAACAUUUCCAAGACUAUGAAACUAAACGUCUCGGGGUCUCUUCAGUUUCAGAAGUAUUUUAAAAGUCAACUUGGAAGGCGGUUGCGUGUUUUGGACAUAUCAGGUUUAUCACUGUGUGUGAAUGAACUGGGUUACCUUCUGGGGAGCUGCAAGAGAUUGGUCAGUCUGAACCUGGCUGAUACUAGGUUUGAUUCCAGAUGUUAUUGUACAAACCACGAUCCAGGACGGAUUGAGUUCAAUUCAACUGUCAUCACUAAUCUUCAGGAUCUGAAUAUCUCCAGAACGUCGUGCAGCAAGCAAAUACUAAAGUUGCUAAUCGACAACAACAGAGGCUUAGCAAGCCUGUUAAAAGCAUCUUCUGCGCUGACCAAUGCCCAGGUUAUCGCAGAACCUAUCAAUCUACUUAAACUGGAGCAUCUGCGAGCUUUGGACAUGUCAUUUCAGGGUAGUGGGGCGUAUGAAGAUUUUAGUCUUUACAAGCACGACCUGCCCAUCUCCCUGCUCUACCUGAAUGCUAGUGGGUUCUGUGAUCUGGACAUGUCCCAUCUCUCUGUUGUCUGCCCUUAUCUCCGCUCUCUCACUCUCAACGCUUGUAUUAUUAAUACGAAAAUAACGUGUCGUACAAAAGAGGAUAGUCGAGGAAAAGCGGAAACUAUUCCCCAUUCUCUACAAAACCUUUCUUAUUUAGUCAGGUAA